ACUUUUCGUUCCUGCGCUCAGUAAGCACUUUGCAGAUAUGUCCCUGAAAUGCUGGAACAGUAUUUACCGAAUGCACACGUGAACACACGGCGCCGAAAAGCGAAUAGGGGGUUGCCAUUUUGACCAUAGCCAAUACCUUUUAAUUUGUUUCCACUGUCUGCAAUACAAUCAUUAAUCAAAACACUAUCAAUCGUUGUUACGACGCAACAUGCCGUCGCUCAUGGACUCGCUCGAAUCCGGAUUGGACUUCAUAGAAUUCCUCGGAGAGAGGAAAUCGACUAUGUCGGAUAGAAAAGAACUUCGUGACAUUUACAACUUAGAAUUCAAAUGCAGGGAAGGAUCGAAAGACCCCCAAUUUUCCAACGUUCUAUAUGCCCUGCUGAAAUUCAACAAAGUCCGCAUACGACAGGGGAAAUUAUACUUUAAUGUCAAACCCCAGGUCCGAGUGUACUACUGUGACCAGUGGAGGAGACCUUCAGUACGUCAACAACAGGACAAUAUCACACCUCAGCAAAAUGGAGGAGCCCCAGAGCCUUUCUCUCCUCUCCUCCCAUCCUCUUCCGCUACCCAUGUCGACACUGUGUUGACACCCAAGAAGAGGCUUGCUAAAGAAAUCCUCCAAAGCCUAAAGGUGAACAGGGCAGAGUUGACCUCUGACAAGGGCGGCAUUGAGAUCACUUCAGAUCCUGAGAUGACCAAUGGUAAGGUCACGUUCAGCGUGGAGCGCCUGCAGGAAAUGUUUGUAGUCAAGUUCUACAUUUCUAACAACAGAGCGAGCUUUGUGUAUUUCACCUAUUACACAGCUCUGCACAGGAUCCGCUGUUUUACACUGAUGGACGAGAGGAGAGUGACUCGGGCCUGUCCGCUCUUCCUAUGUCCAGGGGAAAGCUAUGAUGUUGAGGUUCACUAUUGGCUGCAUCAUUAUGGCCAUUUCCCUGCCACCAUGUACUUUGAGUUUUGCACAGAGUCAGACCCUCCAGGCUCCUCUAAGCCCUUCUGCAUAGUGAGGGAGAUGGAGGCAUCAGCCAGGACUCACUUAGCUGUGGAGCUGGGGCCUUUCGCUCCCUUCAAGCCUUUCGCUCCCUUCAAUCAAGUGGCGCCAUACAAGCCUGUGGACACGGUGAUAGUUGAGGGAGAGCCCCCUGAAAGAUCUGUUGUCCAGCCUCUGAAAAUGCUAGUGAAACUCAGAGACUAUAAGUAUCCCUUUUAUCUGAAGGACCUGGCUAAACAGAGACUGGAGGACUCUGAGUACCUCUCACCUACAGCCAGACAGAAGCUCUCAUCAGUGAGAAACCUCCUUAAAUGCCCCCUGAAGAUGAGGAACUACCACCAUCGCUUCCACCUCCUGCUGCACCUGGAGGAGAUCCAGAUGGAGGUGGACAUCAAGAAAUACGACCUCCAUAACCAAACCAUGACUCAGGACAGGGACAAUAGAAGACUCCUGGUUCUACAAGUCCCGGGUGUGGCAGAGAAUAGGCCGUCUGUCCUAAGGGGAGACUGCCUGAAGGUGGCCAAGUCUGAGGACAAGGUCCAACCCAUCACAGUGUAUACAGGCUACGUUCACAGAGUGGAGCUAGAAAGAGUCAAGCUGGGCUUUUCAAAGAGGCUAGUGCAGAGCUUCAUCAGUAACACGAGGUUUGACGUGGAGUUCACCAUCAACCGUUUCCCCCUGAAGCUUCAGCACCGGGCGGUGGACCUGGCAGAGAAGCACCGGAUGGACGAGGUGCUCUUCCCAUCGGGCUCUGGAGUCCGGACUACCCCCAUGCCCAAACUCAGCAUGUUUAAUCGUCAGCUGGAGAACAACCCGGAACAACAUGCAGCCAUCCAGCGCAUCGUAUCUGGGGCCUCCAAGCCUGCUCCUUACCUGGUGUUUGGCCCUCCAGGGACCGGCAAGACUAUCACUCUAGUUGAAGCCAUGAACCAGCUGAACAUAGUGGAUCCUCUGUGCCACAUCCUGGCAUGUGCCCCAUCUAACAGUGCAUCAGACCUGUUGUGUGAGAGGCUGCUGGGUCACAUGGACCCUCACUGUGUCUACCGUCUCUACGCCAGCAGCAGACCCCUCAGCACUGUGCCCCAAAACCUCCUGAAACAUUGUAACUGGGACGCGAGCCAGGACAGCUUUGUGUUUCCCACAAAGGAGGUUUUGAUGGGCUACAAGGUCAUCAUCACCACACUGGUGACAGCAGGACGGCUUGUGUCCGGCGGCAUCCCAGUCGGUCACUUCACCCAUGUGUUCAUAGAUGAGUCGGGUCAAGCAGUGGAGCCAGAGAGUAUCAUUGGGAUCGCAGGCCUGCUCCAUCCAGAGGAGGGCCAGCUGGUAUUGGCUGGAGACCCUCAGCAGCUAGGACCCAUCUUACGAUCCCCCCUGGCCCUGCAGUAUGGAAUGGGGAUUUCUUUGCUAGAGAGACUGAUGAAAGACAACCCACUGUAUCAGAAGGAUGGAGAUUUUGGACACUUUGAUAGUCGCUUUGUGACCAAGCUCCUUCGCAACUACAGGUCCCACCCUGCUAUUCUGAAGAUUCCCAAUGAGCUCUUCUAUGAGAAGGAGCUGCAAGUGUUUGCAGACCAGUGGGAUCGUGAAAACUACUGCAACUGGGAGCAUCUGCCCAAGGAGGGGUUCCCAGUGAUAUUCCAUGGAGUGUUGGGAAAGGAUGAGAGAGAAGGCAACAGUCCGUCCUUCUUCAACGUGUCAGAGAUUGAGGUCCUGGUGGACUACCUCACCAAGUUGAUGAAGACCCAGGGCAAGAAGGGCCUGCCCAAACUAUCCCCUAAAGACAUUGGCAUCAUCGCUCCCUAUAGGAAACAGGUUGAGAAAAUCCAAAAAGCUCUGAAUUUUGUCAAAGAGUUGAGUCAAUGGAAGGACAUCAAGCAGCUCAAGGUGGGUUCAGUGGAGGAGUUCCAGGGACAGGAGAGAAAGAUCAUCAUGGUCUCUACCGUCCGCAGUAGCAUCAACUACGUUAAGAUGGACCAAGACUUUAACCUAGGCUUCCUCACUAACGAGAAGAGGUUCAAUGUGGCCAUGACCAGAGCCAAGGCCCUGCUGAUAGUGGUGGGAAACCCUGUUAUCCUCAACAAGGACCCAACUUGGGAGCGGUUUAUCAGCUAUUGUGUGGAGGAGGAGGGGUACACUGGCUUCGACUUCACUGACGCUGAAGGAGAAGAAGAUGUAGUAACACGACUGGCUUCCCUUAAAAUCACGGUGGAGUGUUCCACAGGUCUGGCAAAGGAGAGUGACCUCUAGCAGUAUGUCCAUCCAGAGUGGAGGACUGAGCAGUAGCCUUCUGGACACCAGCAAAGCUGUGCAGGAGCUAGGGCUGUGGCGGUCAUGACAUUUUGUCAGCCGGUCUCAUGGUAAUUGACAGUUAAUCAACAUAAACAUGUUUAGCAUCUCCAGGCCUCCACUCAUACAAGCCGCUGAUGCACGCCUUUGGAACAUCUACAUUUAAAAAAAAAAAAGUAAAUAAAUCUAUUUUAAUAUACGGCCAGCUCUAGGAAGUGUCUUGGUGGUUCCAAACUUCUUCCAUUUAAGAAUGAUGGAGGCCACUGUGUUCUUGGGGACCGUCAAUGCUGCAGACAUUUUUUGGUACCUUUCCCCAGAUCUGUGCCACAAUCCUGUCUCGGAGCUCUAGUUGUAGAAACAUCUUAAGGAUGAUCAAUGGAAACAGGAUGCACCUGAGCUCAGUUUCGAGUCUCAUAGCAAAGGGUCUAAAUACUUAUGUACAGUGGGGCAAUAAGUAUUUAGUCUGCCACCAAUUGUGCAAGUUCUCCCACUUAAAAAGAUGAGAGAGGCCUGUAAUUUUCAUCAUAGGUACACUUCAACUAUGACAGACAAAAUGAGGGGGGAAAAAAUCCAGAAAAAUCAUAUUGUAGGAUUUUUAAUGAAUUUAUUUGCAAAUUAUGGUGGGAAAUAAGUAUUUGGUCACCUACAAACAAGCAAGAUUUCGGGCUCUCACAGACCUUCUUUAAGAGGCUCCUCUGUCCUCCACUCGUUACCUGUAUUAAUGGCACCUGUUUGAACUUGUUAUCAGUAUAAAAGACACCUGUCCACAACCUCAAACAGUCGCACUCCAAACUCCACUAUGGCCAAGACCAAAGAGCUGUCAAAGGACACCAGAAACAACAUUGUAGACCUGCACCAGGCUGGGAAGACUGAAUCUGCAAUAGGUAAGCAGCUUGGUUUGAAGAAAUCAACUGUGGGAGCAAUUAUUAGGAAAUGGAAGACAUACAAGACCACUGAUAAUCUCCCUCGAUCUGGGGCUCCAUGCAAGAUCUCACCCCGUGGGGUCAAAAGGAUCACAAGAACGUGAGCAAAAAUCUCAGAACCACAUGGGGGGACCUAGUGAAUGACCUGCAGAGAGCUGGGACCAAAGUAACAAAGCCUACCAUCAGUAACACACUACGCCGCCAGGGACUCAAAUCCUGCAGUGCCAGACGUGUUCCCCUGCUUAAGCCAGUACAUGUCCAGGCCCAUCUGAAGUUUGCUAGAGAGCAUUUGGAUGAUCCAGAAGAAGAUUGGGAGAAUGUCAUAUGGUCAGAUGAAACCAAAAUGUAACUUUUUGGUAAAAACUCAACUCGUCGUGUUUGGAGGACAAAGAAUGCCGAGUUGCAUCCAAAGAACACCAUACCUACUGUGAAGCAUGGGGGUGGAAACAUCAUGCUUUGGGGCUGUUUUUCUGCAAAGGGACCAGGACGACUGAUCCGUGUAAAGGACAGAAUGAAUGGGGCCAUGUAUCGUGAGAUUUUGAGUGGAAACCUCCUUCCAUCAGCAAGGGCAUUGAAGAUGAAACGUGGCUGGGUCUUUCAGCAUGACAAUGAUCCCAAACACACCUCCCGGGCAACGAAGGAGUGGCUUCGUAAGAAGCAUUUCAAGGUCCUGGAGUGGCCUAGCCAGUCUCCAGAUCUCAACCCCAUAGAAAAUCUUUGGAGGGAGUUGAAAGUCCGUGUUGCCCAGCAACAGCCCCAACAUCACUGCUCGAGGGGAGAUCUGCAUGGAGGAAUGGGCCAAAAUACCAGCAACAGUGUGUGAAAACCUUGUGAAGACUUACAGAAAACGUUUGACCUCUGUCAUUGCCAACAAAGGGUAUAUAACAAAGUAUUGAGAUAAACUUUUGUUAUCGACCAAAUACUUAUUUUCCACCAUAAUUUGCAAAUAAAUUCAUAAAAAAUCCUACAAUGUGAUUUUCUGGAUUUUUUUUUCUCAUUUUGUCAUUCGUAGUUGAAGUGUACCUAUGAUGAAAAUUACAGGCCUCUCAUCUUUUUAAGUGGGAGAACUUGCACACUUGGUGGCUGACUAAAUACUUUUUUAUCCCACUGUAAAUAUGUUGUUUCUGCUUCUCUUUUUUUUAUACAUUUGCUAAAAUUUCUAAAAACCUGUUUUUGCAUUAUCAUUAUGGGGUAUUGUGUGUACAUUGUUUAGGAAAAAUAUUAAUUUAAUCAAUUUUAGAUUAAGGCUAUAACUUAACAAAUGUGGAAAAAGUCAAGGGGUCUCAAUACUUUCCGAAUGCACUGUGUGCUAGAUUUAGAGUUAUUUGGCAACUUUAAUUGUAAAUGAUACAAACCUUAGAAUGUCUUAGGAAUCAAAACAUAUCAUGAUGUGACUAUUGAUGAUUUGAAAAAGUCACACAAAAAACUUGCUCUCUAUUCCUUGCCUCUCAUCAAGUGAUUAUAUUUUCAAUAUUCACAAUUUAAUGUUGUCUUUACUAAUAUGUAGCAUUUGUUUUGAUUUAGAAUGGCCAUUUAACAAAUGGGGAGGAACAGGGGCAGGGGAAAAAAUACAUGUUAUCAGUAUGCACUCGAAUAGCAAAUGGAGGCCGCUUUCCCACUAGUUCGUUUUUCAAUCAUGCUGGUAGGCUACUUCACAUCAACCACUGUGAGGAUGAUGCAGCUUCUUGCUAAACGAUAGGUUAAUAUAUAAUACUGUUUUGAUGUGAUUUUUGAACACAUUUGCAUUGAUGUCAGAGUGGUUAGAGGGACAAUAGAGCCCUGAGUACCAGGCCAUUAGUGACCUGAUGGUUGUGAGCGAGUUGGGUACUACUAAUGCAUGUCCAGAGUGCAUAAAAGGAGAUUACUGUGACUCAACGGUCACAUGAAAUUCUACUGCGGUCAUGACUCAUGACUGCCAGUGGCGGUAAUAUGGUCACCGCAACAGCCCUUGGGAGCUACAAAAUUAUACCGGAGGUACUGUACGUCUCAAACUGACAUUCCAGACAUAUUUUUGCUGCCUUUUGUGAACUUGAUAUCAACAGCUAUAUUUUGGAAAGGUUUGGAAAGUUAUGUCUCGAUGAUUGAAAUCCUUGCUCAGCAGAAACUGGAUGAAAUCUUCAGCCUGACAAGUUCACUGUUUUGUAAUAGGAAAUGUCCCAAUGGAACCAAACACAUUCCUACUACUUUAAAGGCAGUAUCUCCUCAGAGCAUAUGAUGGGAGUGCAUUUAAUAUUCAAAAUACAUAUAUUUUCUGCUUGUGGUAAUGUAUUUUUAUACCUCCAUUGUAUUUUCAGUAUGCCGACAAUUGAACCACUACAUUUUAGAUACAGUAGUAUGAUCACUAUUGGAUCAGUGUCACCUGGUCUAACAUUCAUGUUUCAGUCGCUCAGGAAUCUGUAACCAUGUACUGUAAGUUCAUGUCUCACUACUACAUCCCUAACUGAAGCAGGGGCU